AAGCUUGAAAACUUGAACUUGCUUUUUGAAACUUGAAACUUAUGAUUCACUCACAUUUUUUCUCUCUCCUUUUCUACAUGAAUUGCCACUUUACAGGGGAUUAGUAUACGUGGCAACGUAGUAGGUUCGUACAUUCAUAACAAGGACACUCCUGCUGCGACUGAACGUCCAAUGGUGUAAAGGAAUCCGAUGUAUUGAAGGACUGUAGUACUGUGAAGAGCAUCGCAAAAGGUCAAACUGAAUCAGUAUCUUGAUCGAAGUUGGAUGUUUCCCGUACAAGAGAUAUUGAAGGAAUAACUUAGUAUUUGCUUCGCGUUUUAAAUCUCAUACCUUAAAAGAAUAUUCCCUCACCUGUUGUAAUCAUCUUAUCAAAAUAGUUUGUACUCCAUUUGAAAAUUGUUUUGUUGAGAUGCUAAAACCAAAUAUCAAAGAUAACCCUGAAAAGAACUUACAUUUACGAGAACCAAAGAGGGAUUAUGAGAAAUUUAGCUUAUGAGUAUGAAUGACAAAAGCAGGCAUGUGUCUGUUCCACAACCCUUACCAGCUAAUUUUGGCCCACCUGUUCCCCCUGUUGGACCGGGGCCAGGGCAAUGUGUGGGACAGCAACCGUGGAUGCCAAAUUCUGUCCAUCCUGCCCCUUAUCAUAUGCCUCAUCAGGGUUACCCAUCGAACUAUAAAAGCAACACUCCGAUCCGAGCCCCCGAAUAUCCUCCAAUGCAUCCAGCAGGGUAUGUCCAGCGCUACUCCUCCUACGAUGCACAGUGCCAAAGCUUUCCCUUUGGAAAGAUUCAUGAAGGUCCAGGGCGCCCUCCAAAUCCCACUGCAUAUCCCAUUGUGAGGCAUUACAAUUCUCAACAUGUUUAUAAUGAAGUUCCCAAAGAAUCACCCAAGAACUCAUUGGACAUGUUUCCUCAAAGUAAAAGUCCAGGUCAGGCAGCUGUACCCAAGGAGAAGAAUAAUGCCCAAAUCCUUGAGAAAAAUGGUAGAGAUGAUAUGUCUUCUCCAUCAGAUAGUAAGAGUGAUUCCGAGAUGAACAACACUUCCACCGAGUCAUGUGCUGAAGAUACCCGAUCUCCAACAAGUUGUGAUAAACAAGAAAACUUUUUUACAGAAAAAAGUGAAAGUUCCAUUAAAUCUAUCAGUGAUUCAAACUCGCGCUCAGAAAAUGAACCUCUCUCAAAAAAGUGUAAAGUUAGCAAUGAUGCCAGCCCAGAGCGAAGCAGCCAAACUUUUUCUUCCAUUUCAAAUAGCAAUAAUCAUGCCAAAAAGGAAAGCUCUAUGCAUCGCCCACCAUAUGAGAUGAGGAUUCACAAUCCUUCGUACCAGCAUGCUGAUAACAUGUAUGGUAUGUAUCCGGAGGGAGAGCGAAGAAUGCACAAUAACAAUCUACAGCACAAUCCAAAUAUGGGUAUGAACCCUCAUCAUAUGAGUGACCCAAUGCAUUAUGGUUACCAAGGCGUGAGUCGCGGUGCAGUAAGUGAUAUUGACAAGCUUACUGAUCUCGAUUUCUCUGAGAAAAGUAAUACUUCCGAAAAUGUCUUCCAAGUUCCUUCUAUUUCUUCCACGACUCCACCGAAGAUCUUCCCACCCAUCCCACCUUCUCCCAUAUCCGAGUCGUGGGACGAUUCGAAAUAUUAUCAGCAGCAAGAAGAAACAGAUUCAGAGAAGGUUCCGAGGAAGAAACGAAAGAGAUGCGGUGAAUGCCCUGGAUGUCUACAAAAGCAGAACUGUGGAAGAUGUGGACCUUGCCGAAGUGUCAGGAGUCAUCAGAUCUGUAAAAUGAGGAAAUGUGAAUCUCUUAAGACCAAAAAAGAGAAGGCAGCUGAAGAAUCUUAUAAAGCAGGCAGAAAAAGUAAAGAAAUAAUGAAUACUGCUAAUGUCGAAAGCUUGAGAAAUUCGGGUAAUGAUAUUGGUGGAAAAAUGAAUGGUAAUCCACAAUCCUAUCUUAGUCAUGGUGAUAGUCAAUCUCCUUCAAAUUCUAGUUCAAUGCAUCUAGGAAGUCAAAGUGUACGUAGUCAUGAUCAAUAUCAGCCGCAAGGGAAUAGUUUUCAGCAACCUGCAAUGAUUAAUCCUUAUAGUUCUAAUUCACAGUAUGCAUCCUAUUCACCACAAGUGCCACCUCACAAUCCUCACCUCCAGCCAAUGUACGACGGUCGUAUAGCUGUCAGUGUUGAUGGAGCUGGAGAUACUGAUGGUUCCAACUCUACCCACCGCAUGACCAACACUCGCUUAAAGACUUUGAUUCAUAAUCGACAAAACCAGAGAGAACAUGGGCAGUUAAUACCUAUUUGUAAUCCAGUUCAUGAUCCAUCAUUUGCCUCUCCUGUGCCUCUUUCACCAGUAAAUCAACAAUCCUAUGCAUCACCGUACCUACCUCCAUCAAAUCAUCAAGAAGUUAUGCAUAAUUCUAUGCCAUAUUCUGGACCACCAGAAACUUCUUCUCUCAUGCAUCUGCAACAGUUGUCCCCUAAUUCAAUAACUCCUCCAAAAUCUUCAGUUCAGAAUCAGUGGUCAGAUAAAACUCCACCUUGGACAGAUGGAUCCUCAUCUAGCCUUUCUCGAAAAACACCUGAAAAUUCAGCUCCUGUGUUGCAGAAAUCACCUGCUAAGCCAUCCCAAAAUGGGCACCCUGAGCUUUCCCAGGCCAGUGAAGAACCCAAAAUAGUGAAUGGAGGUGAAAAACCUGAAAACCCUUCUAGUAAUUGUGCCUUAGAUACAAGCAGUGAAAAUGUUGAUUUACAGAACAAUCCGACAAAGAAUCUUUCAGAAAGUGAAAAAUCAGAAGCCAAGACAGUAGAUCAAGAACGAAAGAUUCCAACACCUUGUGAUAGUUCUGUGAACAGAGCCAACAUGCCAUUGCACUCUUCUACUGGUACUCCACGAUAUGCCAAUCCUGGCUUUUCGUCACCUCCUUACGCGUAUAGGCAUCCUGCGCCUCCACAGACUUUGACUCCAAGUGCACCCUCACAGCAAGGUUGUAUGCCACCACCAUCUUCCAUACCUCCUAUGUCGGGCACUACGCCACAUGUCUCUGCCAAUGGUGGGCAUACGCAUUCGGGGACGUCUGCAAAUCCUAUUCCUGUACCAAAUGAAGCGAACUGUGAUGAAUCCAAUCAGUCGCCUCCUUUUUUAUUGAAUACGACCACAUCUAUGAAUACAUAUAUAAAUAUUACCAAUACAUAUAAAUCUAAAUUAUCUUUUUCUAAUGCUACUUGUUUGCCUACAUUUGCAUCGACGAGUGUGCAUAAUAGCACCCAAGCUUACGUCAAUUCAUACUCUUACAAUAAUCAGCAAAUGCAGUUAAAUUUUUCAGAAAAUAGCCCUCUGCUUCCGAAAGGGGGAGGCAAUUCCAAGUCAUACAUAGAUAGUGGUCGUAUUCAGGACUCUUUUAAGAGAUCAGACAUUCCUCACAAUUUUGGACAUCAAGACCUCCCCCUUCAACCAUCUGCACCAAAUUAUCUAUCCCAUUUUCCAAGUAACUAUGCAAAUCAUACUUCAAAUGACUUUCUUGAUAAUAAUUGCUCAACUCCAGUUGGUGUGGGUGCAGAUAAGAAAGAUAUGGAUCCGUUAGAAAGAAUUGAAAAGCUGCGCAGCAACACAAAACUUGAGCCACCUCAAUGCGAUUGUUUAAAAAAUAAAGAAGUGCUGCCAUCAGAAAAACUUCCUUAUUAUACUCAUUUAGGAAGUGGAGCUUCAGUUUCUGCUAUUAGAGAACUAAUGGAAUGCAGGUCUGGUGAGAAAGGAAAAGCCAUACGUAUUGAAAAGCUACUUUAUUCAGGUAAAGAAGGGAAAACCUCACAAGGAUGCCCAUUAGCUAAAUGGGUUAUUCGGAGAUCAGGACCAGAAGAAAAGUUGCUUACAGUUAUACGCCACAGACCUGGUCACACAUGUCCCACAGCAUAUAUAAUAAUUGCAAUGGUUGCAUGGGAAGGUGUAUCUGAACAUGUAGCUGAUAUGCUGUACAAAACUGUAGUUUACAAAACAGUUAAUUUUGGGAUUCCAACACAAAGGAAAUGUGGAACUAAUGAAAUGAGAACAUGUGCAUGCCAAGGUUUAGAUCCAGAAACUUGUGGUGCAUCCUUUUCAUUUGGCUGUUCUUGGAGCAUGUAUUACAAUGGAUGUAAAUUUGCUAGAAGCAAAAAUGCUAGAAAGUUCAAAUUAACUGAGAAGGAUGAGGAAAAGGAAUUAGAAGAUAAAUUACAAACAUUAGCUUCUGAUGUUGCACUUCUGUAUAAAAGAAUGGCACCAGAAUCAUUUUACAAUCAGACCGAAUUUGAGCAGCAAGCAUCCGAUUGUCGGUUAGGUAUCAGAAAAGGACGACCUUUCUCUGGAGUAACAGCAUGCAUAGAUUACUGCGCACACUCACACAAAGAUUUACAAAACAUGAAUAAUGGAUGCACUGUGGUUGUAACUUUAACUAAACAUAAAGGUUGGGAGAAACCUGAAGAUGAGCAGUUACAUGUUCUUCCAUUGUAUGUGAUUGAUAGUACAGAUGAGUAUGGCAGCAAAGAAGGUCAAGAUAAAAAGAUUGCAUCGGGUGCUUUGGAAGUCCUUGAGAAAUUCCCUGUUGAUUUCAAAAUUCGUACCACUCCCCUAAAACCUUGCAAAACAAGAGGGCGCAAACCAAAAGAUGGGUUUUCUCCUCGAAAACAAGCUCUUCAAACUGCAUUCAAGCAGCUUAUUGCAAGUGGAAAGCUCCGAAGGAUUGAACCACCAGGUGUUUACCAGAAGUGCCAUCUAGGCAGCAACAGACUAGUCCCUUUGCUCUCUCAUAACCAAACCAGUGGUCAUUUAGACAAUAAAGAGUUUAUGACCAUGAAGUAUGGGUCUUCAAAUGGUUUCAGUAAUUCUGUUCAAGCCAGUGCACUUAUACCAUCCAAUGCUUAUAAGGGGGAAGAAGCUGCUUGUAAAUUCUAUGCAGGGAAACACAUUUCACAUAAUAGUUAUUUAAAUAACAGUUGUACUUCCAACCAAAGUUGGAUGCCUCAAAGUCAGCAUAAUUUUAAUUGCAUUUCAUCUACAGAAAAUUCUCAAAAUCCUCCAAUUAAUACUUUUCAGGGAGGUUGCUUUCAUAAUGCUAAUUCUUCAUUUUCGAAGUAUGACUCUGUGCCUGCAACAAGAGGGUCUACUUCUAAGGGUAGUAGUGACAUAGGUACAAAUUCAUUGCAAAUUAAUCAUUCAUUCACCAAUACAUGUUCAAAAAUUACUUCUGGGACUUAUGUAACUUCGUCAUGUAAUGUUCCUUGUUACAAUGACAGAAACAAUAACUAUAUGUCUGGUGUAACAUACACAACACCACCUCAUUUUGCUACAUCUCAGAGUUACCAGUUAUCAAAUACAGGCAGUACAAAUUCUGCUUACUCUCAUUAUAAUUCAGGAAUGAACUCAAAUGUAGCAUCUCCAACGUAUGCAUCACAGAACCAUGUGAGUAAUUCACAUAAUUCAUAUUCUUAUCCCUCACAUCAAAAUAUUGAUAAUAAUUAUCAUUUUCAAAACAAUUCCUCGUUCCAAAAUCAGUGCCCGUAUUCAGCUCCAAAUAUACCACUAAAAAUACCAGGGAAUUACAGUGCUUCUAAUUCUAUACAUCCUCAACAUUCCAGCCCUGGAAACUAUAAUUACAUACCAUAUUCUGCAAGUCAAAUGACUCUAAACAACAACUUUUGUAAUUAUGCAGCUCAGAAACCAUGUAAUGUACCUGAAAAUUUCGCUGUACCGGAUCAUCAAAAUAACUACAUUGAUCUUAAUUCAGAGCAACAAAAAAUGCAUUCAUCAUCUAGCAAUAAUUUUAAUAAGAUACCCUCAUCACAUUAUCAGAAUUCUACAGCAAAUCAAAAUAAUUUUGUGAAAUCAGAAAAUGUAAGUCAAUCAAGCAAUGUAUUCCCUGAAAAAUGUGCCAACCCUCAAAGUGAAAUCUCUGAUUCUGUAUAUGCAUUGCGAGAUCUAGAUUCAAAAUCAGUCAAUUGCUUUUCAAAAGCUAAUCAGCAAGUCACUCCGGAGUGUAAUUCGGAAAAGGAGAACAUGCUUUGUAAAACAGAGAACACAAAUUUUAAGUAUUGUGAAAAUAACAACAAUAUAGUCUCUGAAACUUAUAAUAUUCAUGCCAAAAAUUACAAUUAUCAUUUGCAACAAUCAAAUCAAAUGUUAUAUUAUGAUAAUUUUUCAGGUAUUUGCAAUUACACUAAUUGUGUAAAUUCUGAUAAUUCAGCAGUUAUGGAGUUUGGAAAUGAGGCUUAUAAAGAAGGAUAUGAAAAGGAUGUCAAGGAUGGGUUACCAACUAAUUAUGAUAGUAGAAAAGCAGGAUCUAACAUGAAGGAUCAAGAAGUUUCCUCAAAUUCUAAUAAAUUGUUAGAAUCUUGGGAAUGUGAAAAUAAAUAUUCUUAUCCAGAGCCUAAUCACUUGGGAGUACUAACAUCCAAGUACAGUAAUGCCAGUGUAGAGGAUGAGGAAGGUUAUGUUGAUUCCACUACAAUUGAGGGAGAUGAGGUAUAUGAAGGGCAUUCUGAUAAUGAAAGCAGUUUUAAAGAUGUGGAGGUAGGUGGGGUAGCCAUAGCUCUAACUCAUGGAUCUGUAUUGUUUGAAUGUGCCAAACACGAAUUGCAUUCCACCACAGCUGUGAAAAAUCCCAACCGUCGGAAUCCAACCAGGAUUAGUUUAGUUUUUUACCAACACAAACAACUCAAUUUUGAGAAUCACGGUGAAUCUGAGUGGGGGCAAAAGAUGAAGGAGAAGAGAGUUGGGAAUUUGAAAAAUGUUGACACACAAUUUGAUGUCUCACCUAAUAAAAAACAGUGUUUUCAGCCAGAAGAGGAAUAUCCAAAAUCUAAUAUGCCUAUGAGAAUGCCAUGCACAACGCCUACUACAAAUUGGAUGACUGUGUUCCCAAUGCCUCCACUAGCUGUAGGUGCCCCAUUUAGAACAUAAAAAAUAUAAAUGACGAAUUUAUACUUUUAUAUUAACAAAAAUGAUAAAUUGAAAUUUUUAAAUUUUUCUUAUUGUGUGAUGAAUUGAAUGAAAUGUGCAGUUUCUUUUUUAGUAUCUGUGUGUGCUCUAAUAGUAAAACAUAUAUUGCAAUUGCUGCACAUUUUUAUGACAGAAAAAUAAUAAGGGAUAUAUACAAUAUGUACAAGCAAAAUUAUUUUGCCAUGUGAUAAUGGAAUGGUUAUAAACAUAUUUCAAUUUAUGCAGGUGGAGUGUAUGAAAACAAAAAUAAAUUUUCCAAUAGUUUAAUAAAUUUUUUUAACAUUUAUCUUACUUGAUUUAAAAUAAUAUAUUAGGUACUUAAACUAAAUCUUAAAAAAAUACUUCUAAGUUUUCACAAAAUAACAAAUUUUUAAAAUAUGAUCUUGAAGUAGACAAUUUAAUUUUAGUUUAGAUAUGUCAUUCUAUUCUGAGCAUUCAAUCAUGAGUUCAGCUGCAGUUUGACUUGCAGAAAUAAUUGAUGGAAACAGGGAAAAACAAUCAAACAAAAUAUAAUGUUUGUUGUAUAGACAUACACAAAUUCAAAAACAGAACACUGAUAAUGGAAUGUGUAUCUUUUUAAUGUGGAUGUUAUUCAUUAGUAAUACUCUGAUAUAAGGAUUUGAAAUAGUAAAAGGGAUAUAAAUACCACAUUGACUGCAAAAUAAGUAAAAUAAUAUAAGUACUUUUAAUUAUGUACCUUAUUAAGUACCUUUAAAAUAUGUUAAACAUUAAAUUACAAAAAAAUAAAAGUUGGUAGCUCUUAGCACAUUCACUGUUGUGGUCAUAUUGGUCAUAUACUUCACUAUAACUUGUUUAUUUUAUAGUAAUUUUUUAUGUGGACUUACCCAUUUUUUAAAAAAAUUAUGAUUGACAUAAUAAAUUUCAUUUGCCAUGUCUGGAGGAAUGAAAAAGGAGUAUAUGUCAAUCUCUGAUAAAAGCAAGGAAAAAUGUUCUGAGAGCUGAUGUACCAUCUGUAUUGUCCAUAAAGAAAAAAGUUAAUUAGUUCAAAAAUAAGCGUGACCACACAGUUUAGAGUAUUUCAUUAGAUAUGUUGUGUGAUACCUUCAUUUGAUAUUUUGCUUUAAUAUUGUGAAUGAAUUUUAAUUAUAAAGGUCUACAAGUCAAAUGCUAAGUCUUGUGUCUGUUCCAUGUUUAAUUUUUGUUAUUUAGUUAUCAUACACUCCAUUUCCACUUGUUGGGAAUAAACAAUCUUUUUAAUGGAUGCAUUUUUAUUUUUUAGUUCACUAUUUGUGGAUUAAAGAUUAUGUUAUUGUAGCAAGCUAAUAAUGCAAUAAAAGUAUCUUCCAAUAUUUAACUAGUGAUAAAAUAUAACUAUGCACACUUCAUAACUAUGCAAAUAUCAGUGUACACUUAACAAAAACAUACUAUGGGUAGUUCCAACAGACCACUGUAGAACUGUAUUUUGUAUUUAAUACCAUAACACAGUGCCUCAUGAGAAACGUUUUAUAUUGUAUAUUUAACUGGACGACAUUUUAUAUUUUUAACAAGGCUAAUGUACAGUUGAGAAAAACGGUGGAUCCAGCCUAUUUUUUUUAUGCCAAAUAAUAAGUAGGAAAUUGUAUUUUAUUCGAAGAAAUGCUGAAAUGCGAGUUUCCCCUGCAGUUCUUCCCUCUACACAUAAUUUAAAUAAAAAGUGUUCAUUGCCUCACUAGAGUAUGAUAACUCUUUUAAAAAGUGUGCAACUUCAAUAAGUAUUUAUAAGACAUGAACUGUGUUUGGAAUUGAGAGAACCUUUGAACUACAGUUGUUAUUGAUAAUUUUAAAAUACUGUGACGGUUAGAUGAAAUUUUAAUAAAUCAUGUAUUAAACUUAUGUCAUACAAUGAAAUAUGGCUCAAUUUUGAACAAAUCUUUGCUAAUUUAAUUUAAUGAGUUUUAUGACUUAUCAAAAUAUUUAUGUUAUCUGUUGAAUUUCUACAGCAGUAGAUUUGCAUUAAGAAACUUCUAUUAAAAUUAUGACAAUAUUGAAUGUCAUAUACUGUUAAAACAGCAUAUAAAGAACCUCAUAUUAACUACUGAAAUGAAAGAUUUUAAAGCAAGUCUAUUGUAUUUUUCAACCUAUUUUUUUUCAAUAUAUAUAUAUUUAUAUGCUUUUAUAUUUUGAGUUUUAAAUUAGAUGUAGUUAUGCACUUAUGUAAUUAUUAUACAAAUACUCUCAAUGUAUUUGCUAAAAAUUGUUUACUAUUAUUAUUAUUUUAUUUUUUGUUGUGUUCAUGAAGUGAUAUUUACUUUUUAUGUACAAUUGGACUUUGCAUUUUAAAGGAAAUCAUCUACUUUUUAAAGUAAACUUGAAUAUGCAAAAUAAGAGUUAUUACUAUGCAACAUUUUAAAAUAUUUUUAUUGAAUAUGUUUUAAAGUAUUUUCUUGAUCAUUUAUGUGACAGCACAACAUAAAAUUUGUUGGAAAGGACGGAAAAAUAUUUAAAAAUGAACUUUGAUAGAAUUUUUCGUCAGAAUUAUGUAUUUUAUUUAAAAAAAGACCACUUUUAAGAAAAUCGUUUGAUUAUUAUAUGUUUUUUAAGACAAUUUCAUAUGUAUUUUAUGGUCAGUAUUUACUUUUUAAAGUCGAAUAUAAUAAAAUUUUAUACAUUACUAAAAAAAAAAAAAAAAGAUUUUUUUAAAUUUUUUUUACUAAGUUCGGAGGUAAAAAAAAAAAGCUUUGUUAAUAUUGGAAUAUUUUAUUACUUUUUUUGUUAUGUUUAAUCAUUUUAGAUCGUUAAGACACUGCCAAGUACCUCAUUUCACUACACAUGAUUUUAGUCUUUUAACUUAUUGUUUUUAUUUUUUUAUUUUUAUCAUAUCACCCUUUCCCCAUUUUUAUUUUUAUGUAACAGCAUUUGCUUUGAAGUUUCAUUACCUUUGUUUUUACUUGUAUAUUGAUCUACUCAUCUUCUAUUUUUGUAAAGGUUGUGUAAAUAGUAUUAUAUGGAGUGUCUGGAGUGACACUUUUACAACAAAUCCUCUACAACAAGAGCUGAAAUUUAUUAAAGGGGGAAAAUCUAGUUCAAAUACUCGAAUGUGCAGAUAAUGUGAAUGAAAUAUGUAGCUGUUUAAAUUUUAAACCUUUGUAUGUGAUGUAGUAUUGUCCUUUGUAGUGUCACUUGUGUACUGUAAUAUGAUCGUCAGUUUUUACUAUUCUAUGUAGUUGCAAAUUGUAUGUAUUAAAUUAUUUUUGAG